AUGGCUGCUUUAGUAGCGAAGGAUUAUUUAGAACUUUUCUUACCAUCGAUAGUUUUAGAGAUAGCUGCCGAUGAACUAGAAAAAUUACAAACAUUUGUUGCUGACAGGAUGAUCUCAGCUACUGAUGAUAAACAAUACCAGGAAUAUCGAAAAUUGCUUCAAUUUUUGCGGGAGCAAGGCUUGAAAUACUACAUAUGGCGUGCAAUACCAGUAGACGCGCGUUUACCUCUCGGCUUUACAUCCCUAGCUCUGACUUAUUUAGUUUGUAUUUUACAAUUUGCACAUGUAUACGAUAGAAAU